UGUCCACAGGAUACGGUUUCUGGUAUAUGCACGGUGAGACUACCCUAAACCCUGCUGCUCCUGUUCAGGGUCACGACCAUCCCAGUGUCACAGAUACGGCUGCCCGUGGCAUUGAACAUGUAGAAGUCACAGAACAAGGCGGAGACCUGGAACAAGGUAAUGUGACAACGAUUGGUCCAUUGUCGCCUGUUGGACAAUUGCUGAGCCAACAAUCCCCUCUCGGGACUCCAUCGCCCGUUACACCAUCUCUUGCGGGACAAUCGCCGGUUGGCGAGUUCACGUCUGGGACUGCACCUCGUGAUCCGCAGCGACGUUCUCCAGAUUUGUAGAUAUUUUGUGUAUUUUUUUUUUGUUAGUAACGAAUAACUUUAUUAGAUCAAGAUUUUCAAAUUUGUUAAUA